AUGGGGAACAGUACCAACAGUCUGGAGGGAUGUAUGAGGAACAGUACCAACUCUCUGGAGGGAUGUAUGGGGAACAGUACCAACAGUCUGGAGGGAUGUAUGAGGAACAGUACCAACAGUCUGGAGGGAUGUAUGAGGAACAGUACCAACUGUCUGGAGGGAUGUAAGAGGAACAGUACCAACUGUCUGGAGGGAUGUAUGAGGAACAGUACCAACAGUCUGGAGGGAUGUAAGAGGAACAGUACCAACAGUCUGGAGGGAUGUAUGGGGAACAGUACCAACUGUCUGGAGGGAUGUAUGAGGAACAGUACCAACAGUCUGGAGGGAUGUAAGAGGAACAGUACCAACAGUCUGGAGGGAUGUAUGAGGAACAGUACCAACAGUCUGGAGGGAUGUAUGAGGAACAGUACCAACAGUCUGGAGGGAUGUAUGAGGAACAGUACCAACAGUCUGGAGGGAUGUAUGAGGAACAGUACCAACAGUCUGGAGGGAUGUAAGAGGAACAGUACCAACAGUCUGGAGGGAUGUAUGAGGAACAGUACCAACAGUCUGGAGGGAUGUAAGAGGAACAGUACCAACAGUCUGGAGGGAUGUAUGAGGAACAGUACCAACAGUCUGGAGGGAUGUAAGAGGAACAGUACCAACUGUCUGGAGGGAUGUAUGAGGAACAGUACCAACUGUCUGGAGGGAUGUAUGAGGAACAGUACCAACUCUCUGGAGGGAUGUAUGAGGAACAGUACCAACAGUCUGGAGGGAUGUAAGAGGAACAGUACCAACAGUCUGGAGGGAUGUAUGAGGAACAGUACCAACAGUCUGGAGGGAUGUAUGAGGAACAGUACCAACAGUCUGGAGGGAUGUAAGAGGAACAGUACCAACAGUCUGGAGGGAUGUAUGAGGAACAGUACCAACAGUCUGGAGGGAUGUAAGAGGAACAGUACCAACAGUCUGGAGGGAUGUAUGAGGAACAGUACCAACAGUCUGGAGGGAUGUAAGAGGAACAGUACCAACUGUCUGGAGGGAUGUAUGAGGAACAGUACCAACUGUCUGGAGGGAUGUAUGAGGAACAGUACCAACUGUCUGGAGGGAUGUAUGAGGAACAGUACCAACAGUCUGGAGGGAUGUAUGAGGAACAGUACCAACAGUCUGGAGGGAUGUAUGAGGAACAGUACCAACUGUCUGGAGGGAUGUAUGAGGAACAGUACCAACAGUCUGGAGGGAUGUAUGCGCAAACUACAAACAAAGGAAGCAAAUCACUCGCUGGGAAUCACAGGCCCGUCAGUCUCACAUCAUUUGUGUGCAAAACAAUGGAAACAUUCGUCAGGGAUCACUUAG